CAAAAAAACAAACGUUUCCAUAUUUAUACUACCCAAACGGCCGAUCUUGCUCCUCAUUAUAGUUCAUUCCUUUAAAAAUUGUCUCCAUUCACUUGGUCACCCUCAUAAUCUUCUCCAUUCCUUUUCCUCCUUGGGUUACUCCUGUCCCCCCAAAAAGAAGAGCAAUGACUAUCAGCACAGCCCGAUCCUUUCCUCGCGAGUCUGCCCUUUGCAUGGGACCAUAUACAAUUGCAAAAGAUCCACCUCUUUACCUCUCUGCAGUCGAGUUCUCAGAUAUGCCAGAGAUGGUCCGAAUUCUCAAUCUCAACCGGGAUGUAUACAACGGUUCUGCACUUUUUCAGUAUCCAUAUCUCGAGUCCCAUGCUCGAGAACGGAUCCAGCUUGCCUAUGACCAUAUUGCCGCUACUGGGAUCAACACUCAUUGGGCCAUGCGUUUGUCGCCCUCUGGUCCUUUGAUUGGGUGGGCCCAUCUGCACUUCGAACAUUACGAUGAUAAGCACCCUCAACCGGUACAUCCUACCACUGGAAAGCCAUUGAAGGUAGCUGAUAUUGGAUACUGGUUAAGCCCUGAGCACACGGGGAAGGGAUAUGCAGCGAAGGUGGGCAAGUUUUUGGUCCAAGAGAUUGCACAGAAGGAAAUGGACUGUGACAUCGUAAGAGCUGUGUCCUAUGUUGAGAACCUUCCCUCAAGAAAGGUCGCUGAAAAGGCUGGGAUGACAAUUGAAUUAGAGAAAAAGUCGAUUCUGAUUCCGAAGCUUGGAGUGUUCAGAGAUGUAUGCUGCUAUGCGUCUCAUAGAGACGAAGCCACAAGAGGGAUCAUUAAAGAGAACUAUGACUACUAAAAGCAAAUAAAAUGCAAUGUCUAUGCAUUACAACCUCACAAAACUUUGGACACAAGACAAAUAUCAGAGCUUGCCUGGCAGGCACACAGAGGAUUCUUCAUAUUGGUUAUCUCCACCAUCUAACUUGAUCAAAGGGACACUGUCGAUCCAGAGUCCUGAGGCAAAGCAGUCAUACCAACGUGGUGGAGAAAAGUUGGG